AUGGCCCCAGGAAGAGUCCUGGUGAUUGCCGGCUCUGAUAGCUCGGGCGGAGCCGGCCUCGAGGCGGACCAAAAAGUUAUUGCUGCCCAUGGCUGCUAUGCCAUGACGGCCACGACGGCCCUCACUGCGCAAAAUACCAAAGGCGUUUACGGUAUCCACCUCGUGCCGCCUGAGUUCCUCAGGAAACAGAUCGACGCCGUCAUUGAGGAUGUGGGGGUUGACGUUGUCAAGACGGGCAUGCUCGCCUCAGCCGAAACAAUCGAAACCAUCGCCAACGCUCUCACACACCACAACCCCAAAACGGUCGUCAUCGAUCCGGUGAUGAUAGCAACAACAGGUGCCCGCCUCCUCCCGCCCGAGGCCCUCGACGUCCUGCUCGCUCGCCUGCUGCCUCUGGCCACCAUUGUCACGCCCAACGUGCCCGAAGCGCUGCUCCUGCUCAGCAAGGCCGAUCCCGGGUUUGGGGUGGACGCUGUGCGCAAGGUGGGCGACCUCGAGACGGUCGCGCGUGCGAUACGCAGGCUGGGGCCGAAGUGGGUUCUGGUCAAGGGCGGGCAUUGCCCGUUCCGGAGAGACGGGACUGCUGCCGAGACGGCGGCGGAGAGGGAGCUGGUCGUUGACGUGCUCGUUGGCGGGGGCGAGGAUGGGGGACAGGGAGAGGAGGUAGUGGUCAGGCUGGAGUCGGGGUACUGCGAUUCGAGGCACACGCAUGGGACCGGGUGCUCUUUGGCUUCGGCGAUUGCAUCGAACCUCGCAAAGGGAAUGGACAUGCCUUCGGCGGUGAGGGCUGGGUGCAGAUAUGUCCAGGCUGGCAUCAAGGCUGCGCCAGGGCUAGGGGGAGGCAACGGGCCGUUGAACCACUUUCACUCGGUCUAUACCCUUCCGUUCUCGCCAGGCCAUUUCAUCGACUACCUCUUGGAGCGACCCGAUGUCGCCCCUGUGUGGGAGAGGUUCGUCAACCACCCGUUUGUGUUGGCCAUGGGCGACGGAACACUGCCCAUCGAGUCCUUCAAGGGGUACCUGAUCCAGGACUAUCUCUACCUGGUCCAUUUCGCUCGAGCAAACGCACUCGCCUCGUACAAAGCCAGCUCCAUGAAGGACAUCGCUGCGUCUGCCGCCAUUGUUACCCACAUUUUCCGAGAGAUGGAGCUACACAUCGGCUACUGCGGAGGGUUUGGCAUCUCCAGGGACGAGAUGGAGAAGACCGAAGAGAAAGAAGCCUGCACCGCAUACACAAGGUACGUCCUCGACAUCGGCCAGUCUCAAGACUGGCUGGGCCUGCAAGUCGCCAUGGCGCCCUGCCUCCUCGGGUACGGCGCCAUCGCCAAGAUGCUGCACGCCGACCCCCGAUCCAAGAGGGAGGAGAACCUGUAUUGGACGUGGAUUGAAAACUAUGUGGCCGACGACUAUACCACGGCUGUCAAGACGGGCUCCGAACUGCUAGAAAGACAUGCAGUGCUCCAGAGCCCCCCGCGAAUAGAGGAAUUGGUCAAAGUGUUUAUCCACGCUACAAAGAUGGAGAUCGCGUUCUGGGAAAUGUACAGUUCAAAAUGA